CGUCUAUGAAAAAUCUCUCUACAUCUUCACAUACAUCGGCAGCAAGGUUUCUCGACAAUGCGAUUUUUCUACGCCUGUUGGGAGCUUCGUUUUUGUUUUACUUUUUUGCAAAUUUGUGUGUGUCUGCUGCAAGUCGGCCGAUAUGCUCCGAGAUCGUUUCAAGUUGUGCCGACCAAGCUCAGGCUUUGGCACUCUGGAUGCUCGUCGAAGGAGUUGCAGGCUCAUUUUUCGGUGCGCCUGUCGUGGGGUACGUCAGUGCGAAAAUGGGGUACUUCUAUGUAUUUGAAUGCAAAGAAUAGUAUCCGGCUGCUUCAUGUGUUCGAUUGAACCAUUAUCCGUUCCACCACAUCAUGAUCACUGAAUAAAAUCGCUUGAUGCAGCUGAACAACACCGGCAAUAUAAGUACAUUGAGCUAUUUUUAUGGCAUGCUAUUAUUUGCGUACGCUUCUCUACGCGUGAAAAGUGACGAUGGAAACACCAAAAAAGUGUUUUUGCAAAAGCAAUUGAUUCCAGUUACCAUGCCGCGUAUGGUUCUUCGGAAGAGUCUGGUGGCUUGGACUUGAGUCGCGUGUCAGGUCCGGCGACUUUGUCCCAGAUGCGCGUGAAUGUGGACGCCCUUGCCUUCGGUUUGCGGUGGACGGGGAUUUUGUCGUGGUCCGGAUGUCUGUUGCUGUGGACGUGAAUGCACGUCACAUAUCCGCGCGAUCGCAUGAAAGAACCGGACUACGGUCGAAGCCGCAGUCACAGUAAGGAUAGCCGCAGUCGGAGCAAAGAAGGUUCGAUGGGUGAUAGUAGGGCGCAGAGCAAGGAGAGAAAUGGUUUGAAAGUAGAAACUUCCACGAUGAUUUUUUUGAGUAGGAACAACGAUCUGAAGAACGGAACUCACGAAAUUAGGGGUGAGAGAAGUGCUAGAGUUGCGCCUCAGGAAAAUUCAUCGAAGGAUGCUGCUUUCGCAAGAAAUGGUGCGGAUAGCGGAGGAUUAUUGAGUUUAGGUUCAGCAUGG